AUGAGCCCAACGCAGAAAGGGAGUGAAAAUCAAUCGUCUCAAGCAUCUGAAUACAUCAACAUUGAGGCUGAGGAGAACCUUGAUGAAACAAAUGACCAAGAUGUAAACAAAGGUCAUGGUGAAGAAGAUGAUGGUGAAAACCAUGCUGAAGAAGAUGAUGGUGAAGAUCAUGCUGAAGACAAUGAGGGGUCACAAAAAGCUAAACGUCAAAAGACCUUGUUGGUGUGGGAGGACUUUGUUGAAGUAACUCUUCCAAGUGGAGAAGUAAAAGUUGAGUGUGUGCAUUGCAAGAAAAAAUGGUUAAAUACUCAAGUGGAUCUACAACAACUUACCAACGACACAAGAAAAUAUCCGGUUGAUGUAGACAUGAAGCCUCCUUCUCUGAUUGGACUAGAUGGGAAGUAUGAUGUCAUAAAGAUGAGGGAAUCUAUAGCUAAUUGGUUAAUGGCAACAGAGCAACCAUUUAAUACUGUGGAAGAUGAUAUGUUUGUUUACAUGAUGAAGACUGCAAAUCCGAUGUUUGAGAGGGUUAGUAGGGCAACAAUAAAAUCAGAUUGCAUUAAGGUGUAUGAACGUGAGAGGAAAAAACUAAAAGCCCUCAUAAAUGAUGUCUCAAGUAUUUGUUUGACAACUAAUUGUUGGAAGUCUUCUCAUCAAAGAAUUGAGUAUAUGGUUAUUACUGGGCAUUUUAUUGAUCAAAAUUGGAGAUUGCAAAAACGCGUGCUUAGUUUUGUUCAUGUUCCGCCUCCUCGAAUCGGGUUAGAUAUUGCAGAUGGCAUUUAUAAAUGUCUAAAGGAGUGCGAAGUUGAGGGAAAGAUUUUUUCAAUUUCAGUGGAUAAUGCAUCCUAUAAUGAUAGGGCUGUGAGUACAUUCAAAAAGAACUUUUCUAAAGUGAAGAAACUUACGUGUGGGGGAAGGUUAUUUCAUGUUAGGUGUUGUGCACAUAUACUUAACUUGUUGGUCAAAGAUGGUCUUUCAAGGAUUGAAGAUGUAAUUGAAGAAGUUCGUGAAGCCGUGAAGUAUAUAAAUCAUUCAGAGGCAAGGCGUCAAUCAUUUUCCAAUGUUGCACACCAACUUCAAGUACCUGAUAGAAAGUUAUUGAUUGAUGUUACCACAAGAUGGAAUUCUACAUACGACACGUUGUCUCUUGCUAUCAAGUUUAAAGAUGUUUUUCCAAGGUAUGCAGAUUAUGAACCACAUUUCAAACACUUACCCACCGAGCAAGAUUGGGAAAAUGUGGAGAGAGUUUGUGAAGUUCUUCAGGUUUUUAAGGUGUGCACAAAUGUCAUAUCAGGUAGUGAUUAUCCAACUGCGAAUUUGUAUCUGAUAGAAGUGUAUAAGGUCAAAGAAACAUUGGAUAAGGGUGUAUUAUCUGAAAGUAGUUUUAUUCGAGAUAUGACCAAUAAAAGGAAGGAAAAGUUUGAUAAGUAUUGGGGAGAGUGCCACUUGUUGAUGGCCAUAGCCGGAGUGCUAGAUCCAAGAUUAAAAAAGCGGGUAGUAAAUUUCUGCUAUGAGAAAAUAUACUCAUCAGAUGAAGCUUCAAAAAAUAUUGAAGAUGUGUCAAAGGCACUUGAACUUAUGUAUGAAGAGUAUUUGGAGAAUCAUGAUGCCUUAAUGAAGGAAAAUGCAAGCAAUAAAAGUGGAUCUUCUAGAGGGAACGGUAGUUCAAAAGCUAAUGAAGAAUCAAUUGGAUCGGGAUGGGAUGCAUUUGAUGAAUAUCUUAAAGAUGCAGAUUUUGAUAGACCAGGGAACGGUAACCGAGCCGAGCCGAGCUGA